AUGGCAGACCCGCCUGCGGACACGUCCGCCCAACCCGACGCCUCAAUCAACCACGCCGCCGCCCUGGCAUACUGGUCCUCGAAUCCUCCAACCGUGAACUCGAUGCUAGGCGGCCACCCUCAGCUCUCGCGCAUCGACCUCCAAAGCUCCGCCAACUUCCUCGCCAAGCUGCGCCGCUCCUCCCGCACGCAUCCGCCGGGGAAACCGCUGGCUCGGGCUGUUGACUGCGGCGCGGGAAUCGGACGCGUGACGCUGGGCUUUUUGGCGAAGGUCGUGGAGGUUGUCGAUGUCGUUGAGCCGGUGGAGAAGUUUACGCGCGAGUUGGUUGCCGGGGAGGGAAGAGGGUUGAAGGCCGUGGGCAAGAUUGGGGAGGUGUUCAAUGUGGGGCUGGAGGAGUGGGUGCCGGCUGACGACACCUAUGACCUUGUAUGGAACCAGUGGUGUCUCGGACAUCUUACGGAUGCGCAGUUGGUCGAGUAUUUCCGCCGCUGUAGAGGGGCGCUGGUGAAAGGUGGUUGGAUCGUGGUGAAGGAGAACAUGAGCACUGAUCUGGAGGAAAGGGAUGUCUUCGAUGAGGUGGACAACAGCGUGACGAGGACAGACGGAAAGUUCAGAACGCUGUUCAAGCAGUGCGGGCUCAAGAUUGUGGCGACGGAGGUGCAAAGGGGCUUCCCGAAGGAACUGUAUCCUGUGCGGGUAUACGCGCUGCAACCGGACGGAUGA